AUGCCGUUAACGCAGGAAAAACGUUUAGACAGUAACUUUGCCAAUAACAAUGACCACAGCUAUCUUCACAAGAAGUUCAAAAAAAUGGCGUCUACGAUUUCUGUGUACCCCGGCAAUCUAUCAAAAGCCGGUGAUACCAGACUUAAAGAGGCAAUAGUUUCAACAUCUGCUAGCAGUCUCUCAAUCUCUAACGGUAGUAUUGCCGCAGCUCAUCCAGAAAUAGAGAAAAUUAAAAUAAAAGAAGAUACGCAGCAUUUAGAACUUCAGAACACUUUGAGAAAUGUACAAAUUAAUUAUAAUGAAGAAAAUGGUAGAUUAAGUAAUGUAAAUAAUAUUGUUCAAGUAUCUGGUCAGACCAGUUUUACUGAUGAAUUUUCAAAUAAGACUGAAAAUCUUGAAAAUGAUUUAAUCAAAGACGGCCACAAUGGUGGGGUAGGUGGGCGAUAUAUAUGCCCAUACUGUAAAUUAUCUUGUGCCAAGCCUUCUGUUCUCCAAAAACAUAUCAGAGCUCAUACCAAUGAGAGACCAUACCCUUGUGUACCCUGUGGAUUUGCUUUUAAAACUAAAUCUAAUUUAUAUAAACAUCGGAGAUCAAGAACACAUGCAUUAAGAUUACAAGGAUCGGACGUGACAGUUACAUUAAAUGAAGAGGAUUUGUCAGGUGGCUCGGAAAGCGACACAUCCAUUCCACCUACAUCAAUAUCAGAAACUGGUUCGGAUGUUUCAAUAAUGCGCACUGAAAAUUUAGAAUCAAGUGAUUCGACAGAAUUGAUUAUUGAUAAUAUACCAUCCACAAGCCUGUAUUUAAAUGAUAACAUUUUAAAAUCAAAAUCAAUUUACAAGCCUAAAUUUAGAGCAGCACUAUACCAAGAAUGUGAAGAAAAAGAUAAAGCAAAGAAACCUAUUUCACCGAACGCUGACUUCCUUACAGAACAUAUCUCUAAGAUAAUAUCAGAGAAUGAAGCUAUAGUUGACGUUAUUGAUACACCAUUGCAGAAGAAAUAUGGUAAAAUUAAACAAAGAGCUGAAAAUAAACAGCUUAUUGACUUGAAUGUUGAAAUAAAGUCAGAACCAUCACCAUUGAAUUUAACAAAAUCAAAUUAUGAAAAUGAAAAUUCGUUUAGAAAAAGAUCUCACUCAGAAAGUUUUACUCAAAAUGACCAUCACAAACAUCCUUUAAAUCCGGAAGGCUCCAUCAUAAAAGAUCUUUUGCUUAAAACAAAAAUGAAUGUAUUAGGGUCGGUGGCAGAAUUGGUUGAUGGGCCAUUAUUUGUAUGUCCUUUAUGUCAAAUAAUUUACCGAAGCGCAGAUAAUUUAGAAACACAUAGAAUGUAUUAUUGUAAAGGAAGUGUAAGUAAUAACACGGCGCAUAAAGACAUAAAAGCUUUGAGGCCCGAAAAUGUAUUUCUAAGAAGUAAUUCAAUCAAUGUCAGAUUACCUGAGACAACAUCAAACUCAUUUUCUAGGUGUAAUAAUACGACAAAAAUGUCGCCAUCUAGAAUUAAGCCAGAGAAUCUGCUAAUUAUGAAGCCAGAACCAAAUGACGUUGUAGCUCCUUUGCCAUCUCCAGGACCACUACUUGGUAAUACAAGACUUGUAGAUACUAGAGUGCCAUCUGAUUUUACUAGAAAAACUGAAAAUCUAAAAGUAAGACCUGUUGCAAGCCCAAAACGAAGAAUUGAUAAUAGGUCUGAUUCAUAUAGUCCUAGGUUAAUUGAAAACAUUUCACCUAGAGCACCCGAUUUGUAUUCGCAACCCAAGAUCAGAUGUAUUGAUGCAAAUUCGGCAGCUCUAAGAUCACUGGAUGAAAUAUCACAACAUAUGAAACAUAAUUCAACUUCUCUACAAAUGUUUGGAGGAGAAGUGAAAAUUCUCGAUCAAUCUGGAAGUACAACUACUCUUCGAAUAGAACCUAGCAAAAACCAAUUAUCACCAAUAUUAAUACAACAAAAUCUUUCGCCUUCAAAACUUGUUAAUGAUGCAGAAGCAAGCAGCGUUGUUGUAAGAUCUGGUUUACAUUCUGGCGGAACAAUAAUGCAUAAUCCUCCAACACCUAAAGAAAUGGUUGGGACUCCACAAGCGCAAACACCUAGAAUCACAAUAUCAACUGCAACUUCCUUACCUAAUUCAAAUUUACCAAAUAUAAAUGACAUAACUCAUUUUCAAUUUCCACCUCUUAGUGCUAUUACAGCAUUUAAUCCUCUAACUUUACCACCUCUAAGUCCAUCUUCACCAAAUGGUGCUACAACAAUAUUACAUGCUGGGAAACUCAUACCUCAUGUACCAGGUAUGCCUGGACCAAAUACACCAGGUGUUUUUGUAGGAAAUCUGAACUCUCAGCCAAAGAGUAUGGUAACCACAGAUAAUAAUAAAAUGUCCUUGCAAACAUCUAGAGAUGACGGAAGUGGACCAUUACUAACCAUGAAUGCUCAAUGUGCAAAAGGAACAAUGUUUAAGUAUGAUACACCACCAUCACGUAACAGUAAAAGUCCAAAUCCUAGAUCAUCUUAUAUAGAAUUAGAAAAACAGAGGUCAACUCCAGACGCCAGUAACAUUGAAAUACCACCUCAUUAUAUUUCUCCUGUUCCUAUAAUAAAAAUAAAGAACGUGGAUGAGUCUAACGUGCUUUCGACAAAGACUUUAGUUAAGUCCAUACUCAGACAAGAUGCAGCAAUCAAAAGAAAUUCUGAAGGGGUGCCUAGAACACAUGUUUUAAAAGAAAAUAUUAUUUACUCUCCAGGUAAACUCAAACCAAACAAAGAAAAAGUGAAUAGCAAUUUUUCGAUUAAAAAUGCAAAUGAAAGUAAACCCGAAAAAGAUGUACGUAAUUUCAAUUUCGAAAAUUUAAUAACGAAAGCUGAAAUUUAUAACAAUAACCAAAUUCCUAGUUCGUCUGAGGUCCAAAAAAAUACCAAUGCCCAAGAUACACCAGCGGUCUCAGUUCAAAAUGAAAGGUCUGAAACAUCUUACUUUCAGAAAAAUGUACCUAAAGCUGUUGUAGAGGAAAGAAAACCGAAAUUUUUGCGACCAUCAACAUUACCUUUAAAACCAGGUACAUUUACACCUAAAAGGCAUCAUGGCAUCACUCCAAAUGCAAAUACCAUGCCACUUGUAUCACCGGAGACUCCUCGACCCGCCAAAGCUUAUGGGCAACUUUAUUUAAAUGGAAAUGCUUACACCUAUCUAGGACUAAAAUGUUCAACAAAGGUUUUCUAUUGUACAAUCAAUCGUCCUCAGCCGACAUAUGUUCCAAAACAGGAGUUUCUAUCAAUGUACAGCAACUGGCAGUUAUUAUCUGAGUUGACACCAGAUCCAUUGGGUCUGUCAGCAUCGUCUGCCAUGUCUCUUUAUGACUCACGUCAUCGACCGCAAAACGUAGCUGUUGCUGUAAUAAAACAGGAUCUAAUUCUGACUCAUUCAUCACAGUGGAAUACAUUUUCAAAAGAUAACAAACAGAUUACACAACCAAUUGAUUCUAAGAAAAUGGAGGAAAAUAAAUGCCCAGUUUCUGACAACAUGGUAACUCCUAAAAAAGAGCUAACUGGUGGUUUUGAAAGUAACGAAGAAUACACAUACGUGCGCGGUCGUGGAAGAGGACGCUACGUUUGCUCUGAAUGUGGAAUACGAUGUAAAAAACCUUCAAUGUUGAAAAAACACAUACGCACACAUACCGACGUACGUCCUUAUACCUGCGUGCACUGUGCAUUCAGUUUUAAAACAAAGGGGAAUUUAACGAAACAUAUGAAAAGUAAAGCGCAUUACAAAAAAUGUUGUGAAUUAGGAAUAAAUCCAAAUGAAGGAAAUGACUCGGAGAGUGCAGAAAUGGCACAAUGCUCAGGCGAAACUGACGAUGACACAGAUUCUGAAGGCGACGAAGGCAACGAAGGAGAAACUGAGUCCAGUGACACCGAAGUGUACAAAUCACGACUGCCAGAACAUGAGGCUGCUCAUUGUUUAUUAUCACUCGGAGGUUCCAGGCCGACAACGUCAGCAACUCCUGGUUUACUCACAAGUGCUAGACCUACUACUUACCCAUAUACGCCAAUAGGACUGGACAAUAUUACUGUUGAAAUCAGUCAAGAAAUUGGCAAUAGUGCAAAGUGUUCUCCAACUGAAUCCAUAGGUAGUUCUGAAAAUGAACCUAUGGAUUUAAGCAAAAGUGAUUCGAAACCAUCAACACCUAACAUUCCUGAAAUCCCAACUGAAAGAGAAUCCAGUGUUUUAGCCUCUUUAGCUUCAAAUACUGCUAAGGCUAAACUUCCUAAUCAUCAGAUUCAAUGGUCCAAUGGAGAGCCGAUGUUGCAUACUUACCUGACCGAAAGAGCAUUACAAGAUUCUAAGAUUAAGCAAAGUCAACUAACAAGCAGCUUAAGUAAAGUCAGAAAAAUUGAUAUGGAGAAGCCAUCCCUUACCGAUAGUUAUAGUUCUAUAGAUACUAAAAAUAAGACGACCAACUCUAUUAAAAGUUCCAUAAUGACGACAGCCUCUUCUGGUCAAGUCAUUUACACUGAAUCAAAAAUAAUGGAUGUAAGUGAAUCUGUCAAUAUUAAAACUAUAGUAUCGAGGGAGGAUAUCUCAAUGGCUAGGGAAAGUUCCAGUUCAGCCAAUUUAGUCAAUAAUGUAAAAGGCAAUUUAACGCAGCCGUCUAGUAACGCGGAAAAUGCCAAGCAUGUAGUAUCAGAAUAUUUAAAACAUGCUAGAAUAAAUCUUAUCAAAACACAGGAAGACGGCCCACAAAAUCAAAAUGAGAACAUAACUGAUGAUAACAACACCAAUAAAAGUAAUGAGGAUAACACCAAGGGCGAUGAAUUUGUAUCGGAAAUUGAAACAAAGAAGCUUCCUUUAGAUCAUGACCCUGUUGCGAGGAAAGUAGUCAUAGGUGUUGGAGGUGUAGCCUUUAAAGUUACUAAAGGAAAGGAUUACGAAAAUGCAUCCUACUCGCCAGGAAGGCUAAUGGAAGAUGGGCGUCGUGUUUGUGACUUUUGUAAUAAAACUUUUACAAAACCAUCACAGUUGAGAUUACAUCUAAAUAUACAUUAUAUGGAACGCCCAUUUAGAUGUAGUGUAUGUGCUGUAAGUUUCCGAACUAGAGGACAUCUUCAAAAACAUGAACGCUCAGGUUCACAUCAUAACAAAGUUUCAAUGACUUCGACAUUUGGAGCUGCAACAUCUUUUAACCCAAGACCAUUUCGAUGUUCCGAUUGUAAUAUAGCAUUUAGAAUACAUGGCCACUUGGCUAAGCAUCUUCGAAGUAAAAUGCACGUAAUGCGUCUGGAAUGUUUAUUUAAAUUGCCAUUCGGAACAUUCACGGAAAUUGAGCGUGCAGGUGUUAGUUUAACAGACAUUGAUACCACAGACUGCGCCAGUUCCCUUGCCAGUUUGCAAACGCUCGCUCGUAAACUGCAUGAAAAAGAUCCAACAAAACUGGAAUACAGGGAACCUAACAGUGCAAACCUACCAGGGCCUCCUGCUGGCAGGGAAUCCUCCGAUGAUGAAGACUCGGUUUCGUGUGAAAAUAUGUGUGAAAGUGACAAAGACAGUGAAGUAAAGACUAUUGAAAAUGAUGAUCAAGAUAAGAACAUACGAGUUAAUUAUAGUGCCACAGAUAUUUAG